AUGGCUCACUGUAAUUCCAACUAUCAAUUAAUUGGCCGUUUAAAUGUCCGGAGAUCAAGUAUGGUCCGAUAUUGGAAGCAUCGUGGUGCGAACAUACUCAAAAACAUAGAACCGCAUAUCCAGAAAUAUUUUCCUUAUCACAAGCCUGAGCUUGGAGGUACUUCCCCUCAGCAUGCUAGUAUAACGGGGAAAAAAGCAAAAGUACCUUUCGAUUAUGCGAUUGGGCAGAUAGUGCCAUUUUCACAAAGCUUAACAUCAUCAUUCCCAAAUAUUGUUAAGGUCCGCUUGCACAAGCUCUGCUUGAAUCGUUUCCUGAUGAAGUAUUUUUAUCAAACAGCAACAUACUGGGUUCAUACACAAGGCUCUUCGGUCAACAUUGGAGAUAUCGUGCUUAUUGAAAAGGCUGACCCACCAAUGGCAUUCAAUACCAUGUACAAACUAAAGAAAGUCGAGUUUCCGGUUGGUAAUCUGAUUGAUCCUGUCACAGGUCUACAAUCCGAAGGUCCCGAGUAUUCCAUUGAAGCACUGAGGUCUAUUCUGAAUCGAGAGAACAAUACAUUGAAAAGUGUUGAAAACUAA